AUUUUAUGUGAAUGCCUAGUUGUGGUUGGAAAUUAACAACUUUUAAACAGCCGUAAUUAUGCGUCGAAUCUCGAACCGAUUAUCGAUCGAACGAGCGGGGCAAACCUGAUCUGGUUGACCGUUUACACGUACACGUUCUGCCUGUAGUCCCACGUCGCGUCGCGAUUAUUCGGCUUCAGGAUAUAAUGUAAAAUCAUUUAUUUAUUUCAGUGAUCAUCAUCGCCGCGCGGUCAACGGAUCGAGUUGACUUUCGGUUGUAUAGAGAUGAGCGUGUUGUGUGGGUUCGAGUGUGUUGUUUGAAACCUACCUACGUAGAAUUUUGAAAAGUGAGCAGUUCUAUAAAAAGCCAUUAACGGCACUCUGACAUUCGCGCGCGGAAUUACCGCACGGAGCGAUCGAGGUGUUGAUCCAGCUGUUGUUUCGAGCACCGUCGACCGUCGAGAUAAUAUUUUCUGUUUCUUUAAAAAUUUUCGUACAUCAAAGAAAACAACGGAAAGAAAGAAAAAGUAUGACAAAUAUUUGCCAUAAACUCGUCCGUUGCUUUUCGCAACAAUACUCGGUGUAACGAUUAGCCAAAAUUAUACACGAGCGAGAAAUGAGAUCAGUUCUAUAUGUGAAAGAUUAAUUCACAACAAAUUGUCCGGACGAGUGAAGAAAAAUAUCAAGACACGCUCGCGAUGCAGAUAAUCAUCAAGCCUGCCGCUUAUUGUUAGCGAUAGUGAUAAUCCACAAGAUCCAAGCGGAUAUCGACGGGAUAAACGGUCGCUCGAUUUGUCCCCAGCAUGGAAUUUGGAAGCUACAGAAGCACCGGACCCCGGGUCAGGGUUCGUCGUCGAGGUGAACUAGGCCGAAGGCUCACCAGGAGGUUGUCCCUCGUCGCAAAGGUUCCGGCAGCUAUUCUACAACGGGCGAAUCCUCCGGAGCCCAGAGCCGUUGAAAUUACCGCAAUAGCGCCGGACAAGACGCAGCUAACGUUGCCUGCAGUUUCCCCCGGAACCGUGUCCUCGGUUGUCGCUUCCGUUCUCCUCAAAUUCAGGGUCUGUCGACCGAGGCUUCUGCUCGCCGGAUCUCGGGCCGAAGUCGAUCCGGCCGCAGACGUCGCCCUUCUUCACGGCGACGUUCUUCUGAUCGAGGAUUCCGCCCGGCAGUUCAACCCUAUCGGAGACACCGACAGGCGGUAUAGAGCUACCGAGAAGCUGCUGCACGCUGAAGAUGAAUUCCGAGAGGCACUCUGCAGCGCUCGAGAAUUAUACGGGAGACACUUGGCUCGCAAUCAUCCCGAAUUUCACGAUGUCCUUUUUCAACCACUCGCUAAUCUCGCCGUCAUCAGUGCCGAGCUCUGUCGCAGGCUCCAGGGGACCCUCGAAAGCUGGGACGCCGAAAACUUCAAGCCUGGUGAUCUCUUUCCACCCUCGUUCUGGGAGGCGUACUGGGAGUACCUGGAACGGUAUGGAACUGCUCGCCGAACGCUGGACCAACUCCAAACCGCGGAAGACCCCCUGUUGCACUUCUUCAGGCUGAGACAAGCGGCUGCGAGGCACUCACCUUCGUCCCUGUUGCUGCUACCGGUGCAGAGGCUCGCGGAAUACGAGAGGUACCUUGGGCAGGAAGCCCGAAACGUUGUGGAGAACGGAAAUGGCAUAGGAAGCGCAGCGGUCCUGCAACGGGGUCAACUGGAGGGUGACCUUCACCGAAUCCAGGAACUCUUCCCCGGGGACAAUCUGCGCCUCCACGAGCGAGAUGUUCUCACUACGAAAAUGAAAAGCUUGAUACGCAAGCGGACUAAUGGUAGCACUGGACGACUGACGAGGGUACUUUCGCAAAAAUGUCUGAACUCGGCGAAUGGUGCUCCAGCUCCAAAGUCACCACCGAGAACCUUUCUGCUGGAAACACCUGUACAGUUUACCACCGGAAUGCAGUCCCAGGAGAGACACUUGUUCCUCUUCUCGGAUCUCCUUCUGAUAGCGAAAGCACGAAGUGGCGGUAACUUCAAAUUGAAGCAGUCUGUCCGCAUGAGCGAACUCUGGUUAACGGCCGGUCACAUCGAGGAUGUUGCCGAGUCAAACAAGUCUCAGGACACGAGCUUCGUCUUGGGAUGGCCAACGACGAAUGUCGUAGCAACAUUCAUGACCGCUGCAGCUAGAGAUUUGUGGUGGGGACGGCUUACGGAACUCGUGAGAGAGGAGAGUAUGAAGGAGCCUCCAGACACGAACAUUCAAGUCGUUUACCACGACAGCGAUACCAACACGGAAUAUUGCAAGACCAUCAUGGUUGGACCAGAGAUGACCGCAGGCGCGUGUGUCAAUCUAGCAACGCGUCUGCUGGACCUCCAAGGACCGUUCCAGCUUUGGGCCAGAACGUCAUCGGACGAGUCCCCGUACCCGCUGAUCGGACAUGAAAGGCCGUUCGCCAUCAAGCUGUCGAACCUGCGGCACACGAUAUCGGCAGAGGAGGGCUUCGACCUGGAGCACUGCAACAAAAGCGGCCACGACAACUGUCACUUCAUACUGAGGCCCGUUCUCAAGUCCCCGAUAAAGAAGAACAAGUCGAAGAUCUCUGGCCUACUGAGGAGAUCACUCUCCCUGAACCCCAGCAUCUUCGGCGUGAAUCUUUCGAGACUCGACGAGAACGGACUGCCGAAACCCGUGCUCGUAAUGCUCCAGCAACUGUUCGCAAAGGGCCCCUUCACCCAGGGAAUCUUCCGGAAAUCCGCCAACGUCAGGAUAGUCAGAGAACUUAGGGACCAAAUUGAGUCAACGGGAGAUCCGAGCUGCCUCGAGGAUGCCCCCGUGAUCGCGGUCGCGGCACUGCUCAAGGACUUCCUGAGGUCACUGCCCGACCCCCUACUGACGUCACACCUAUUUCCACUUUGGAUGGCGAGUCUGGACACUGCUAACUCCGUACAAACGAUAAAAAGCAUUUUAGACCGUCUACCCAAGGCCAACUAUACCCUCCUCUCCCACUUGAUAUGCGUUUUGCAUCACGUUGCCAGACGGUCGAAGCACAAUCUGAUGUGCGCUAGUAACCUCGGCGUCUGCUGCGGACCCAGCCUCCUCUGGUCUUCCAGCCCAUCCGUUAAUCAAAGUAGGGCGAUACCGGCGCUGACCGAAAUGCUCAUACGCCACUGCGAGACCCUCUUCGGCGAAGGUGUCACCCAACUCCUUGGCGAAGAGCGAAGCGACAGCGGUGCCGAGGAAAGCACCGAUAGUCUACACUCAGGUGGUCUUUCGUUGGACAGUUUGGACUUGACGGAACCUCCUCGAAAGGAUCACAUGUCGUUGUCGAGGGACUCGGGUCUCACCUUAUCGGACUGUCAACUGUUCAUCCCAGAGUCGCCGGUCGGUUCGGAAGAUUCGACUGUAAACGCGUCGACAUCGAGUUUCGACAAGUCAAUGAUAAAGGAGGACAAAUCGAGUAAAUCUUACGUGCGAGUUUACAGUGGCUGGGAGGAGCGUAUGAACAGUUACGCGUCGGGGAACCAGAGUAACGUGAGUCAAAACUUCCGCGAAGACAAGGGCAACGCGUAUCCGAACCCGAAUUUCCAACGUCAAGACUGGCUGAGGGCGCAGCUGAAACGAACGCCGAGAACUAAACUCGAGGAGCAGGAGCAGCGGAAGGAAAGAUUCGAGGACAAGGAUAUCUAUCGGAGAGAUUUCAUGCGGCAAGAUUCGAUGAAGGAAAACGUCGAGAACUGCAAGGACAUGUUCAGGUCACAGAUGGAUCUCGCGCAGGAGAUGCGAGCCGAGUACGACAGGCUGUCGCAGCAGGAAGCCUGCACAGAGCGAGUCUCGAUACACGACUCCGAGCAGGAUCUGAACAGCCGUGACUCACCCUUGUCCGCCGAUCGGUACGACUUCAAGAAGGAACAUUUUGGCGAGUUCAAGAAGGUCAAGUCCGAGGCGUACAUAAACAGAGAGUCGCCGGUGUCUCAGAACGGCAGUUAUCACUCCGGGAGCGACUUGUACGAGUUCAAGAAAGUUAAAAGCGAGAUAUACGUGAAUAAAGAGUCUCGCAGCGAGCACUAUGAGUACAAUAAAUCUGAGAGCAAUAUAUACGGUAACAGGGAGACGAUAAACGACAUUUACACCGCCAGAGAGCAGGGUGAUCUUUACUCCUUCAAGCAGGCCGAAGCCAUUGACAUUUACGGGGAUGAGGACGACGGCGAGCGCACUUGGCCCGAUACUCCGCCACCGCUACCUCCAAGACUCAGGCAUUUGCCGCCGGUGCAUAUGAGCCUCGAUGACAGGCACAAAGUCGCCAGCAGGUCCAGGUCCCUGCCUCCCCCGCCCCCCUACCGACCCCCGCCGCAGCCCCGCGCCCCAAUCACGACGAGACAUCUUGGAUACCCGAGAUCCAUUGUGGAUGACGAGAGCUACGUUUAGGGGUCUUCGUUGUACAUACCUACCUAUAUUUUAUCGCGAUGAACGCGUGAUGACGUUUUUAUGCGAAUGAUCAAACUUGCGUCAACGUCUAAUUCAUGCAGGGAACUGAUCUGUAUAAUUGUUAUAUUAUGUUGGCCGGUUUUCAUGCCGCGGUGUGAAAUCAAAAAUUAGUCAUUCGAUUUUCUUUGUUUGUAUCGUUGAUUAUUUUAAGCCUAGAUUUCGGUUUCUGCAAUCAAUGUCUCUCACCCAAGAGGUGCUUUUUCGAGUUUCUUCAUGUAUAAAUACUAUACGUUAAAUGUACACGACCUCGGCCUUGACUGUUAAACUAGGAAGGUCAUUGUUUAAGGUUGAUGAUAAGGAACCAAGCGGAGUAUAUAUUUUACUAUACAUACUACAUAUGUAGUUAUCUGGCGAAUUAACGUUUUAUAAAUAAAUACAAUAUAUACACAAUUACACACACACACACACACACACACA